AUGCUUCACUCGCUUGUCUGUGCUACUGGAUAUACUGUAACUGCCUGUUGCUUACGAAGAUUCUUAUGCAAUACCUGCACAUUUUUAAACUUAUUUAUUUUUGUUUCACAAAUGGAUAUCAUCAGCUUUUAUUUCUUUUCAAGCACACUGGUUUUAUUUUUGGAGCAAAAAGCAUAUUCAACAUCACCUGGAGCUUCCCUGCUUGGAUCAGAGAGUGACCCAGAGACAAAACCCACUCACAAGGCCCUGCAUCGAGAGAAGCGCUGCUCCUGUGUAAACCUGAAAGACAAAGAAUGCGUUUAUUUCUGCCACAUUGGGAUUGUGUGGGUCAAUACUCCAGGACAGGUUGUACCAUAUGGAGUUGGUUAUUACCCAGUGCGCCUUAGAAGAGAAACUGCAAGGUGCCUCUGUGUGAGCAACAGCGAUGUACAGUGCAGAAGAUUCUGCACAAAGAAAUAUCUUCUGCAAGAGCACACAGCACAUGUUCUCUUAAAUAAGUCAUUGUUUGCUAAGAAGAUGGAAAUAGUUGAGAGGAAACACAGACCGGACAGCCCAUCUGUAAAGACAGGCAAGCUUGAAAUUUCAAUCCAAAACACUUGAGAAGAAACAAAGAAGAAGGAAAAAAAUUUGCAACAAUAAAAGAAGGAGGUGGUUUGUGCAGCACCCUUUUUUCCCCCCAAUACAAAAUGUAGAAUUGAAGGCCACUGUGAAAUGAUAGUAUGAUAGAUAAAGAGUUGGCCGAAUUUAAUGCAGAAUGCAGCCCACAAUAAGGGAGUUCUAUAUUCCUUUCAACAUAGUAUAUUCACAAUGUGCUCAAAAAAAGUUUAAAGACACGUGAAGUGUGAAAACAAACAGGAACCGGGAUGCUUUUCUUGGAUGCCUGAAGAGAGUGCUCUUACCAAAGAAAGGAAUAUGUGACAAGAUAAAAGAACAUUCUUAAUGUUAAAGAUUCCAUAACUUGUGUGCUGGAACACCGGAACUUAAAUAAACUCUUUCAUAUUAAGUAGAUUGUAAACAUCAGACUUUCCUUCUGUCUCCAGUUCAUGCUCUCACAUCUGUAUAUCACAGGAUGAAUACAUUGUGUUGUGUUCAGCAAGUCAGAAAGCACAGUCACAUAAUAAACACUAACAUAUUGCUUGUAUUUUUGUGGCAGUAUGUUGAGGCAGAUCAUGAGAUCCCUUUGAGAACAAGUAGAAUAAAGAAAACUUGUUGCAUUAACCUCAUUUCCCUACUAUAAAUGCAGUUUGAAACAUUUGCCUUAAUUUCGGUAUUAUUGUUAUUCACAUGGUCAAGAAAAAAAGAACUUUAUAACCUCCAAGAACACUAGACACUAAAUGCUUAUUAGACUGUUAGAAAAUCUGCAUAUUGUCAUGGACACCAUGCUCAAAGGUUAUCUUUACAGACCUUGUGCUUUGUCUAUGUGUCUUAUGGUAAGCAAUCCUGUAUUUUUUACAUAUGAGGCAUACAUAUGUAUAUAUAUUAUGAUUGUGAUUUUAAAGUAUCCUAGAAAUAUUUUUCAACAAGACUAAUUUUGUAAUUACUGAGUAAUAAUUCAUUGUUACAAACUUUGUGACAACAAUAUAGAGUAUACAUAACAAAGUAGUAAAAUGCAAAUUUAUAUUUUUCUGAAUUGAAUACCCUUUGUUAUGCUUUUUUAUUACCUUUGCAUAUUAUUCAAUAGUGUUGUACAACAGCAUUGUUUUAAGUAUUCAGAUAUAUAGCUGUUAUAAGCCAAUUUCUUUUUUUA